AUGCUUACCUAUCAUAAUGUCUGCUCAGUACCCACCUCCUUCUGGCUUACUGGCAUCCCAGGACUGGAGUCCCUGCACAUUUGGCUUUCCAUCCCCUUUGGCUCUAUGUACCUGGUGGCUGUGGUGGGUAAUAUCACCAUCCUGGCUGUGGUAAGGGGAGAACGCAGCCUGCAUCAGCCCAUGUACUUCUUCCUGUGCAUGUUGGCUAUCAUUGACCUAAUUCUGUCUUCUUCCACUAUGCCCAAACUUCUGGCAAUCUUCUGGUUUGGUGCUGGUGAUAUUGGCCUGGGUGCCUGCUUAGGUCAGAUGUUUCUUAUUCACUGCUUUGCUACUGUUGAAUCAGGCAUCUUCCUUGCCAUGGCUUUUGAUCGCUAUGUGGCCAUCUGCGACCCACUACAUCAUAGCAUGGUGCUCACCCAUGUAGUGGUGGGUCGUUUGGGGCUAGCUGCCCUUCUCCGAGGAGUUAUCUACAUUGGGCCCCUACCUCUUAUGAUUCGCCUGCGGCUGCCUCUUUAUAAAGCCCAUGUCAUCUCCCACUCCUACUGUGAGCACAUGGCUGUGGUGACCCUGACUUGUGGUGAUAGCAGAGUCAACAAUGUGUAUGGGCUAAGCAUUGGCUUUCUGGUGUUGAUCCUGGAUUCAGCAGCCAUUGCAGCCUCCUAUGUGAUGAUUUUCAGGGCUGUGAUGGGGCUGGCCACUCCCGAGGCCAGACUUAAAACCCUGGGGACGUGUGGCUCUCAUAUCUGUGCCAUUCUGAUUUUUUAUGUUCCCAUUGCUGUUUCGUCCCUCAUUCACCGAUUUGGUCACCACGUACCUCCUCCCAUCCACACCCUACUGGCCAACUUCUAUCUCCUCAUUCCUCCCAUCCUCAAUCCCAUUGUCUAUGCUGUCCGUACCAAGCAGAUCCGAGAAAGGCUUCUCCAUGUCCUGAAGAUUGGAAGCAAGAUCAGAUGA